GAGACUAUAUCCAGAAACUCUUAUGGUCGGUUUAACACUAGAUUGCACAAGUAACAACACUAGUCAGCCGGAAGUCGUCCGAUCAUCAGCGGGAACCUGUUUCAUUUUGUUCAUGGCAUACACUUCAAUUCAAUUCAUAAGAAGCAAUAUGAAACCACAGUCACUAUCUUAUCUUCAACAAUGGAUCCGCUUUAACAACUGGAGCAGUGUCGUGUUUUUAUUGCUGCUAGUUUUCUUGGAGGUUACUGAAUCACAGUUCUUGGUUAAGACUCUGCCAGGUUUGCCUGGCGAUCUUCCUUUCACACUCGAAACUGGUUACAUUGGGGUAGGAGAAUAUGAUGAGGUGCAACUAUUUUACUAUUUCGUUGAGUCAGAAGGAAACCCAAAAGACGACCCUCUCAUGCUUUGGCUUACAGGAGGGCCUGGCUGUUCUGGUCUUUCUGGCCUUUUGUAUGAAAUAGGCCCGUUCACUAUUAACUAUGUAAAUUCCACUGUGGAGAACGUAAUGCUCGAGAUAAACCCUCACAGUUGGACAAAGGCUGCCAACAUUAUAUUUCUUGAUCAACCUGCCGGGUCUGGAUUCUCCUAUGCAAAAACUCCCGAAGCUUAUAUAACAAAUGAUACAUUAUCAACAGUGCAGAUUUACCAUUUUCUAAGGAAGUGGCUUGUGGACCAUCCUACAUUUCUGAAAAAUCCAUUAUAUAUUUGUGCCGAUUCCUACUCUGGCCUAGUGGUGCCAAUGAUUCUUUUGGAAAUAUAUAACGGUAAUGAAGUUGGAGAAGGGCCACAGAUCAACAUCAAAGGGUAUGUGAUUGGUAAUCCUCUAGCAGACACAAAUGGUGACUACAAUUCAAGAAUACCAUUUGCUCAUCGUAUGGCACUUUUAUCAGAUGCAAUCUACAAUUCAACUAAAGAAACUUGUCAUGGAGAGUACUUAAAUGUGGAUCCCAACAAUACUCGAUGUGUACAUGAUCUUCAAGUGGUAGAUAAGUUCCUUGAAGGAAUUUGCAUGCCCCACAUUUUAGAGCCAGUUUGUGACACUUCAAAUGCCUUAAAAUUUCAUCUCUUCAAGACGGACUUAAGAUCUCUUGACAAAACUUCUGCGGAUGUUCCUCGACUUCAGAAACAAUGGUGUCGUGAUGACAACUAUGUGUACUCCUCAAUAUGGGCUAACAGAAGAGAUGUGCAAGAGGCUCUUCACAUUCCUGAGGUUUGUAGCUCACAACGAGUUCUAUUACUCAUAUUCAACUUGAUCAUAUAUGAUACUUUUCAUGGUCACCAGGAGUUAAAUGGAAUCGAGUGGGUACGAUGCAAUGAAACCUUGGUUUUUAGUACUGAUACGGAACCAAUAUCUUACACGCACAAUGUCAUAAGUGCAGUUUCUUAUCAUCGAAAGCUUAUUGAUAAACAUUGUCGAGCUCUUGUAUAUAGUGGAGAUCAUGACAUGGUUAUUCCAUAUAUGGCUACGAUUAACUGGAUUGAAUCGUUAAAUCUAUUAAUUGUGAAUGAUUGGAGACCUUUUUUUGUUGAUGAACAAGUAGCCGGAUACACCAUGAAAUACUCAAACAAGAACUACAACUUGACAUAUGCUACUGUAAAGGGAGGAGGCCAUACAGCUCCGGAGUAUAAACCUAAAGAAUGUUUAAGCAUGCUUAUGAGGUGGCUUGAUAAUGGCAUUCUUUAAGUAACAAUCAUAUAGUUAACGUUUAAUUUCUAUGUUGUAUGCAUCCACACUUAUUUUGUACUUUCUAUAAUGAAAUUUCAACAAAUUUUCUUAAUUUGAUUAUCCUAAUUUUGUUCUAUAUAUAAUUUCUUUUUUUUUCAUUGUAAAUUCACCUUUUAUUAAUAAUGAAACUUAGCCUUCUUUGGCUCGAAAUUUUCAA